AUGGCCACCGCCACUGUGGAGCGCGUGACUAUGAGGGACGACAAGCAGGUGCGGUUUGGCGGCGACAGGAGCCCUCGGGCAGAGGGGAGCUCCUAUGAGCCGCUGAUACAUCACGAGCCGCCGCCGCUGGGCGCCGGCGUGAGCGGGCCGCCCACGCCGGAGCAGCACCAGCGGCGCACGCUGCUGGCGGCGGGGGUGCACCUGGCCAAGAUCAUGAUGGGAGUCGGCAUCCUGGCCCUGCCCCGGGUCUUCUCGCUGCUGGGCAUCGGCACCUCGCUCCUCUGGCUGGCCUUCAUGGCCGCCCUGACCUACGCCGACGUGGUGCGCGAGCAGCUGGGGGUGACGGCUCAGGCGCUGCUUGACUUGGCAGUCAUUGUCAACUGUUUCGGUCUCAUGAUGAUCAUGCUGGUCAUCACCGGCGACAUCCUGGUGGGAGACGGCGGCAGCGGGGAGGGCCUGCUGUCCCCGGAGUGCGGCGACCGCCGCACCGUACUGGCGGUGAUCACCCUGCUGCUGCUGGCGCCCCUGGUCUCCGCCACGCGCACCCGCACCACCGUGGGCGCCUCCGCCCUGGGCGUGGCUGCCAUCCUCAUCUGGGCCGCCAUCACCGGCCUGCUCUUCCUGGUGGCCGCCUACAACGACCAGCUGCACACCAUGCGCUGGUGGCCCCACAGCGCCACCUUCACCAGCAAGGGGUUUGAGAGCGCGGUGCAGAUGGUGGCGGUGCUGCCCAUCCUGGUGGUGGCCUACCUGUGCCAGAUGAGCCUGGGCCACACGAUGCACGACCUGAGCUACAUCAGGCAGUCCCAGGUGGACAAUGUCUCUGCAGUUGCGCUGACCCUCUCUACCGUGGCCUUCCUCGUCAUCUCCGUCUGCUCCUACGGCCUGUUUGGCGCCAAGAGCCUGCACCCCGACAUCCUGCGCAACUUCACCGUCAAGGCGCUGUCGCCGCUGGUGUGGACCCCGCUGGCGCAGGCCUCCUUCAUGCUGGUGCGCCUGGGCUUCCUCAUCUCCCUGCUGGCCACCUUCCCCCUGCAGAUGGCGCCCUUCAGGGACUCGCUGUGGAAGCUGCUCUUCCGCCAGCAGCUGCAGGGCCCCGGCCUGUGGCUGGUCACCUACCUGACCCUGGCGGGCGUCUACUUCUCCGCCGCCUACAUCACCAGCAUCUGGGAGCCGCUGAUCAUCCUGGGCUCCACGGCAGGCAGGCAGCAGCCGUGCUGGGAGGGACGGCCCAGAGGGUGCUGCGUGCUCAUCGCUCUCAUCUUCCCCGGCCUGCUGGCUGUCAGCAUGGGGGAGGAGCUGACCGAGACCGCCGCCAGCCGCCGCGGCCGCGGCACCUAUGGCGCCGUGCAAGUGCUGGUGGGCGUCAUCAUCGGCAUCGCCGGCAUCGUGAGGGUCAUCUUCUACCGCGACCCCAUCUCCGACCGAAGCCGCGGCAGCUGCGCUUGCAGCAGUGGGGGCCAGCAAUAA